CACUGGUAGCACAGCACUUACUGCUCGACGAGUGAUUAUUACGAGAUCCUGUGUGCAAAACUCAGCUGUGCCGUGCACCUUAAUGCAAUUGGUGGAAUAAACGGAACGAUAACUGAACAGUCCGAGCUUGUAUUAGGUUAUCCGAUAAAACUACACACCAUGGACAGCUUCAUCAAUGCGUCAGACGACCUGCAUCCUCCUAUUCAUGCGUUCAUGGCUAACAGCACCGUUUUCUGUCGAAACUUCAGCAAUGCCGUCUCUCUUUUCGGAACGAACGGGUCCGAAUGGGACAGGCCAGAUGCUCUGGAUUCUACUCCUCUCAUCAUCGCUAUUCUCAUCACUGCGCUUUAUUCUGUCGUCUGUGUUGUUGGGUUGAUUGGCAAUGUACUCGUCAUGUAUGUUAUUAUCAGGUAUACCAAAAUGAAGACGGCCACCAAUAUCUAUAUCUUCAACCUGGCAUUGGCUGAUGCCCUAGCCACCAGCACGCUACCAUUCCAGAGUGUCAAUUACCUGAUGGGCACCUGGCCCUUUGGGGAUGUGCUCUGCAAGAUGGUUAUGUCCAUUGACUACUAUAAUAUGUUCACCAGCAUAUUCACACUCACCACCAUGAGCGUGGACCGCUACAUUGCUGUCUGCCACCCAAUUAAGGCUCUGGACUUCCGGACACCCCAUAACGCCAAAAUCAUCAACGUGUGCAACUGGAUCCUGUCUUCAGCCAUUAGCCUUCCUGUCAUGAUCAUGGCCACCAUUGCCAUUGACUAUAAUGCCUCAGGCAGCAUUGAGUGCACACUGAUUUUUCCCCAUCCCUCCUGGUACUGGGAGAACCUGCUGAAGAUCUGCGUCUUCAUCUUUGCCUUCAUCAUUCCCGUCCUCAUCAUCACUGUGUGCUAUGGCCUGAUGAUCCUGCGGCUUAAGAGAUCACGCAUGCUGUCCGGUUCAAAGCAGAAGGACCGCAACUUGCACCGCAUUACCCGUAUGGUACUGGUGGUGGUGGCCGUCUUCAUCAUCUGCUGGACGCCUAUCCACAUCUAUGUUAUCAUCAAUGCACUGGUCAAUGUCCCUGGCUCCCUGCUGAAGUCGGUCACCUGGCACUUCUGCAUCGCUCUGGGCUACACCAACAGCUGCCUCAACCCUGUGCUCUAUGCUUUCCUGGAUGAGAACUUCAAGCGCUGUUUCAGGGAGUUCUGCUUCCCCACUGCCUCAGGCCUGGUGCUGCAGAGCUCCACUCGCACCCGUACCCUGCACCGGGAUCGCAACUCCAGUGGCCUCACCCUGGAGCGGAGCAACCAUCAGGUAUGACUAGGCCGGGAGAUGUCCUCCCUGGACUCUCGAUGCCAGCAAUCCAAUGACACAAACUCUGAGGGCACCCAGGUCACCACCAGGCUCUGAUGUUUUAUAGACCUGGCUGUGGUGUGAUGGCAUGGUCGAUACCCUAUUCUGCAGACUGGUCUGCUUUUGCUGAGAAUUUCUGCAAGGUGAUGUCCUCAGGUUAGUUGAGGCUUACUUGAAAAUCACAGUAAGAUACACUUUAUCGAGUAUUGUCCUUGAGUUUCUGUGAUUUGAAAUGCCUACAAAUGGUUUUCUCAUGCUAACCCUCCUUUGUAAAAUUCAGUCUUGAUCAUAGUUCAUUAUUCUUUCAUAGUGGCCUCACAAAUAUUUACAAAUGUGCUAUACGAUUGUCAGUUGCUUUAAAUGCACUUGAAUAUUUUUUUGUGGUCUGCAUUUUGUGAUAUAUUUUUGUGAUAUAUAUUUGUGAUUGUACAAUUGUACUUUUCUGUGAUUGCAGGGGUGUUUCCUUAUGCAAAUCAACAUGAAUUGCCCACACAUUCAAUUUAACAACCGUUUGCAUGCAACCUCUAAUACAUCUGGGAUUAGGGUGCAAAGGAAGGGAAUUUUUCACAUGUUCAGUAAUUUUAGCAAUUGUCCUGGAGUUUUGGAAAUUUCUUAUGACAUUUGUCAUCUCAUGACAUCAUGCUGUGGUCGAGAAAAAUAUAUAAAAAUAAUAUCCACUCAGUAAGCACUUUAUUAUGUAUUUAUUAUACUAUAUUUAUUCUACUGCUGUAGCCUAUCAACUUAGAGUUUUGAUAUGCUCUUCUGCAUACCACUGUUGUAAUGUGUGGUUAUUUGCAUUACUGUCACUUUCCUGUCAGUUUUGACCAGUCUAGCCUCUUCUGACGUCUCUUAUUAACAAAUCACAGUUCUCCAAAUCGUGUGUGUGCACCCAGAUAGCCACAGUAGAAAAAACUGACUGACACGUUAAUGUUGUAAAAGGUUGACAAAUAAAAAAAAGAUUAUUCUAUGCUUCUAUUAUCUGUAUAUUUAUCGGUUUGUAAUUGAGCUUCGCAAAGGUUUAUAUGCUUUCUAUAGUUCUUAUGAAGGCUUGUAAUUAAAGUGUCACCUCCACUGAGAUCAGUGCCAGAAGAAAAAUGUCCCUAAUGUAUUUCCCCAUUUCAACAACCUGCAAUUAUAAGGGGCAUGUUUUUUUAAAUACAAUUUCAAGACUUCAA